AGACAGUGAGUGCUCAGGGGGAGGGACCGACCAUAGGGACACAGGGGGGAGGAGGAGAGGGACACACUGCAAGAGCUGACACUGAGCUCUCAUAGCAGGACACAUCCUCAUUCACACCGGGAUCAGAGUUGGGAUCGCUCCGCUUUGGGAUCGCUCAGAUUUGGGAUUACUCAGGGUUGCUAUUAUUCAGAAUCUGGAUUGGGAUUGUGGAGAUUUGGGAUUGCACAGAGUUGGGAUCUAUGGACACAGUCAGCAUCCAGAUAUUAGGAUCAGGACAAGUGUGAUAAUUGUGGGAUCGGUGGAGGAUCAUACAGACUGGGAGGUCGGUGUGUGAGGAUGAUCGUGGUGCUGGUCCUGUUGGCGCUGUGCCUGAGGUGCUCCGGGUUUAAUGUGGACACCCAGGUGCCGGUCAUCAAGCAGGCGGGGGUACCUGGGGGGAUGUUCGGCUACUCGGUGACCAUGCAUCGGCAGAAUGACGGGCAGCAGAGAUACCUGCUUCUGGCGGGAGCUCCGCAGGAUGCAGCGCCCUCUGGUGUCAAGGUGAACCAAACCGGCGCCCUCUAUGCUUGCCCAAUCACCAUGUCAAAGAACGACUGUUUCCGCGUUUCUAUCGACCAGGAAAGUCAGCCCGGUCGUAACAUCAUUGAGAAUAUGUGGUUGGGAGUCACGGUCGAGUCACAGGGACCUGGGGGGCGUGUCUUGGUGUGUGCCCAUCGAUAUACAUCAGUGCAGGUGAUCCCGGGCACUAGUGAAGAACAUUACAGGAUGAUUGGCAAGUGCUAUGUCCGGGGAAACGACUUGUUAUACAACAAUCAGGAUGAAUGGCAGUCGUACCACAAUGAGGUGUGCAACGUGAACACCGAUCUGGACAAAACGGGCAUGUGCCAGAUGGGCAUCAGCGGAGGAUUCAUCAACGACACGCUUUACUUUGGAGCUCCUGGGGCUUAUACCUGGCAAGGCGCAGACUUUAUUCUGCAGAGGGUGAAAUCAGAUUUCGGGAUUGAUGACACGGUGGAUAUCUCCUCGCCAAAGGGAGACUUGUACAACAUCUACAUGGGAUACACAGUUAAGCUUGGCACUGGAGUCCUGUCUCGGGAUCAGGGCACGGUGCUCUCCGGAGCCCCUCGCUGGCAACAUAAAGGCGCCGUCUACAUUUCUGAAAUCGAGGCGCCAACGCUGAAGCUCAAACAGAUCCUGAAUGGGGAUCAGGUGGGCUCCUACUUCGGCAGUGUCAUUGCCCUGGCUGACUUCAACAAUGAUGGCUGGCAAGAGAUUGUGGUCGGAGCUCCAUAUUAUUUUGACCGGAAGGCGGAUGUGGGCGGAGCCGUGUACAUUUAUAACAACGAGGUUGGCAGUUUCAUCGACAAGCCCUCUUUGGUGUUGUAUGGGCCAGCGGCUUCCGGCUUUGGUUUUGCCGUGGCAAACAUUGGCGACAUUAACCAGGAUGGAUUCACUGAUCUGGCAGUGGGUGCUCCUUUUGAAGAAAUGGGCAAAGUGUACAUCUACCACAGCAAGUCCAGUGGGCUGCAGUCCAAACCAAGUCAGAUUAUUGAAGGAUCUCAGAUUGGUGGGAUACCAACAUUUGGAUACUCAAUCAGUGGUGGUCUCGAUGUUGAUGAAAACUCCUACCCAGACCUGCUUGUGGGAAGUUUGGCGGACCAAAUUGCCCUGCUGAGAUCUCGUCCUGUUAUCAAUAUCUCUAAGGAGUUUUCUGUGACACCAACUCUUGUAGAUCCCAAUAAAUGUUCCUCAACUUCCUGCAUGGAUGUCCGUCUCUGCUUCUCAUACAUACUGAGUACUGGGAAUACCAGAUACAAGAGGAAUAUUACCCUCCAAUACACGUUGGAUGCUGAUUUUGACAGGCGACCUACCCGGGUGAGGUUUCAGGGGGCCCCUGGAGCCGUAUACAAGGGCUUCUUCUCAAUGCCUGAGACUCCGUGUCAGAACCUCAAGCUUCUCUUAGCGGACAGUAUCCGAGAUAAGCUACAUCCUAUCCGCAUCUCCCUGAAAUAUUCCAUUCUGGACCGGGAGCUGAAGGCCCGCUCUAAUGUCGCCUCAUUGGACAACUUCCCUGUGCUCAACCAAGAUCAGAAUAUGGAGCAAAUUGUGGAGGUUGACUUCCAGAAGGAGUGUGGAUCAGAUAACGUGUGUCGGAGUAACUUACAGAUGGAGUACGAAUACCUGGGAGAAAACAAUGUGACCCUUCCAAGGGUAAAUGGGAACCAGAUCCUCCAUUAUGACCCCAAUGUGAACAAGGUCAACCUGCGGGUAAUCGUAACAAAUGCCCCGAUCCCCACGUCUCCAGCAGAUGACGCUCAUGAGGCCAUGCUGAACAUAACCUUUCCAGAUGAGCUGGUCUUUUCUUCUGUAUCAAGCCGAUCCUGUACCUUUGAGGGAACUAUCCUGUGCAAUCUUGGAAACCCAUUUAGGAGAAACCAGAAGGCGGAGGUCAAUGUCACCUUCGAAGUAAAAGGAAUUACCUUACAGACAAGAGAAGUGACCACUCGACUCCAGCUGUCUACGUCAAGUAAACAGGAAAAACUUGAAGAAAAAAAUGCUGACUUCAUGGUGGACUACACUCUGGAGACAUCAUUAUCAGUGAAUCCUGUUCAUCGACAGACCUACUUUGGUGGUAAAGUGAUGGGAGAGUCGGCCAUGAAAAGAGUUCAAGAUGUCGGAAGUCCCUUGGAUUUUACUUUUAAGGUUUUCAAUAGUGGUGACCCUCUAAACAAUCUGGGCUCUCUCAUCCUGGCGGUGGACUGGCCAUAUGAGGUGGCUAAUGGAAAAUGGCUGCUUUAUCCAACAGAAGUGCUGGUCGACACAGGAAAUGUGACACAUUGUCACCCUCCUGGACAUGUCAUUAAUCCUUUAAAUCUUACACUGGAGAAUGGAAGGAGACGCAGAGAUAUUGUGGAAUCAAUAGAUGUUCUUACUCUACCAUCUAUUAAAAGAGAGAAGCCCAACACUCAACUGAAAUGCAAAGGAGGCGGUGCGAACUGUGUGCGUUUCGAGUGCCCCCUGGACAAUAUGCAGAAGUCAGCAAGUAUCAUAGUAAAAGCAAGAGUAUGGAACAGUACGUUCUUAGAGGAUUACAGACUGGUGGACAGAGUAUGGGUGGAAGGCACAGCAGAACUGUAUCUAAAAACCAAUGUUCCAUCUAUAAACAUGCAGACACACCAUGUAAUGUUUUCCGUCGCUAUAGACUCCGAAUUAGAAGAAGCCCCACCAACUGAAAUUCCACUGUGGCUGAUUCUUGUGUCAGUAGGAUCUGGAGUUUUGCUAUUGGGAAUCAUCAUUAUAUGCCUGUGGAAGGUUGGAUUUUUCCAUACCGUCAGACACUACGGUCUGAGACAGACUCACUAUGCCGUGUGCGUCCCUCAAGAAGAGAGGCAGAAGCUGUGCGGCAGGCUACCACACAGCCAGAAGCAUUGGGUCACCACCUGGAAAGAAGCUGCCAGAUACUACUGAAGGACCAAAGCAUUUUAGCUGCCAAUACUCAAUCUAGAGCUGGACUCUUACCCUCUGUGAUGACAGUCACUUUGGUCAAAAGGAUAUUUGGGGACACUGGGGGGGUGUAUGCGUUAUAUUAUGAACAAACCUAUGUAGAGAAAAAUAUUUUAUUAUGCUUUGACAGCAAAAAGACUAAGUGUUCGCAUGACGCUGGAUUAAGCAGGGGCUCUUUCUGUUGUCCAAAAGCUGCACCGAAAUUCGGACCCUCGAAAUAAAAGACAUAAGGGGGUGCAACCAAUAAUCACAGAAUCCGUUAACACUGGAAAGGGAUCAACUUCUCACUGGAAUCCUGAAACGGGAAAGAGGCUGAUGGUAAUGUGACAAUGGAAAGGGAGGGUACGAAUUAACUUCUUUUUUAAUCUGUGACACUGGAUUGGGAGGGGGGGUUAUUUUAAAAAAUAUAGGUACCAAUUCUUAUAUGAAACUAUGCUGUGACACUGGAAGCAAAGGAUUAUUUAUCUCUGAAAACAGACACUGGAGGAGAAAUAUCUUCUGACGUUCAAAAACACACUGGAGAAGAACUAUCUUCUAAAAUUUAAGUCGACACUGGAGUAGAACUAUCUUCUGAUAACUGAAGGGACCCUACUGCUUGAUUUGUAACACUGGAGGAUAUACCACUAUGUAACACAGGUAGAUGCGGUCCAAUGGGAACGUUAAAAAAGGAGCAGGCUGAACCAUUAAUGAUAUUAUGUAUACCAGUCGGCAUGAACAUACUUGACCCAACAUUCCCAAGCUUGAGGAACAAAGGUGUUCAGCUUUGAAAUUGCUACCUAUGCAGGACCUAAUUGCCAUAGAUCUGUAGGCUGACGUGACUCACAGAUUGUCGCCAACACUCUAUAAAAAAAAAAAGAACACGCCUAUACUCGAUAAAAAAAAAAAAAUGCAGCAGAACCAGGCAAAUUGGAAGAAGGGCGAGAUGGUCCUUCCAGGUCUGCAAGCAAAAAAGACAAAGCUUGUGACACUGGACAAAUGGAUUUCCUCACUGCUGUUACUCUGUGUCGUAAAAUAUAUAUUGCACAUAUUAUUGAACCAUGCACCAUAAAGCAAUGAACAUGUAUAGUUUAAAAUAUAUAAUUCAGCUGCAUAAACCUCCAAAAAAUACAUAUCAUAUUUACCAUAGACAUUGUAUGGAAAUAACCGGUAUACAAGAAUAUACUGUAGGAUCUAAGUCGUGGCGUUUAGAUUCCAAAGUUGUCAUAUACAUAUCAGUGCUGUACCCACUCCUUGGGUAAUGUCUCGUAAAUAUGGUAUAUAGAACACUCCUAUUGACCAUUAUGUUCAUUUUGCCCUAAGUCUGCUGAAAAUAUUAUAGAAUCCUGUAAUAAAAAAAAUAGAACUUUGUUUUCUUUUA